AGGGGAAGGGGGGAGCAACACUGAAGAGGAAAGGAUACCCACCUGUUGUUCAGGUUUUUACUACGCAAGCAUUCAUUCAUGAUUUUUUCCUCAGUUUGCUCUUACCCUUCAGAAGGAUAGUUUCGCUUCGUUCCAAGCAAGUUUGUACAUGUUGUCGCCAGAGUUGAACUCGACCCGUUUACUGGCGGAUUCUUGUGGCAGUUGUUUAUUCUACCUGUAGCGCCUAUCGUUUGCGGUUUGUGUUUCACAUUAGUUUUAGAUUUCAUCAGACGAUUAUGAUUAGCUGUUUUGUAGGAAACGAAAAGCGCCGUUCAAAGAAAGGUUCGAUUUGUUCUAGAUCCUAUCGUUUUCACGAUUGCUGAUUGGCGGUGGCUGCCGCUAACAAAAGUUCUUUGUGUUACGGUUUUCUCGUGGCUUCACUCGUAAUGUUAUUUGUAAAAGAUUAGCACUUGUGCAUUAGCCUGCAUUUAUAGAUUUUACUUUCUAUUGUAUUUAUUUAAUACAGUGAGGGAGUGUUUACGUGUCCUGAGGACAAUUUGCCAUUAGACUACGCAAAGAUUUAUCCUGAUCCAGAUGCAGAGGUGGCCAUCAUGGGCUCCAUUGUGUACUGUAUCCAUUACAAAGAUGGCUGUAAAUGGUCAGAUGAAUUAAGGAAGUUACAGGGCCACCUGAAUAUGUGUAAAUACGAUGCCAUUCCCUGCACAAAUCACUGUGGUGCUAUGAUUCCAAGAUUAGUGAUGGAAGACCAUCUUCUAUAUACUUGCCCCAAGAGAAGAACGCGUUGCGAAUAUUGCUCUAGGGACUUUACUGGAGAAACUUUAGAGAAUCAUGUGGGAAGCUGUCAGCUGGAACCUAUCUAUUGUGAAAAUAAAUGUGGUUCCAAAAUUCAACGACGUCAUCAGAGUAAUCACCGAUUACAUGAGUGCACAAAGCGUCUCAUUCCCUGCAGAUACUGCCAAAAAGAAUUUGUUUACGACACUUUACAAAUCCAUACUGCUAAAUGUCCCCGUCUUCCCGUGACCUGUCCAAACCGAUGUGACAUCCUAAAAAUUGCCAAAGAAGACUUAGAAACUCAUUUGAACGAGCAUUGUUCCGCCCUCAUCUUGCCCUGCUCUUUCAAAGAAAUGGGGUGCAAAUUCAAAGGCACCAGAUCAGCUGUCGAUCAGCACUUAGAAGAAGCUUGCAAACCUCACCUCUCAUUAGUGUGUAGCGUAGUGUCCAGGCAGCAGCACCAAAUCAGCAAUCUCCGUGCUGCCGUGCAGAAUCUAACUCUCAAUACCUCUGGUACUAUGUUGUGGAAGAUCACGGACUACACCCGGAGACUCGGUGAGGCCAGGGACGGAUACGAACUGGUCAGCUCUCCUUUUUACACCAGUCAGCAUGGCUACAAACUGAUGGCCAGUCUUUUCUUAAAUGGCAAUGGGACGGGGGAAGGCACACACCUAUCUGUCUAUAUUAAGAUACUCCCUGGUGAAUAUGACGCACUGUUGCCGUGGCCUUUUAGUCAUACGGUUACUUUUGUCCUCUACGACCAGUCGCCCACCCAGGAAACGGCCUGCAACAUUGUCGAGAGUUUUGUGCCGGACCCUACCUGGAAGAAUUUUCAGCAGCCCAGCAAGGAACCUGAUGCACUGGGUUUUGGCUUCCCGCGUUUUGUAUCCCAUGAGAUUUUGAAGAAGAAAAAUUAUAUCAAAGAUGAUGUGAUGUUCAUUAAAGUUAGGGUGGAUGGCAACAAGACGGUUGCAGUAUGAUUGUUUUUUUUUACCUCCCCAUAAACAUGACUGUAAAUAUAUUUCAGAGAGUUUUUUUUUUAAAAAUUGUAAUUGUGUGAAUUUUGUAUUCGGAAAUGUUGCAACAUUUAUGAAAAAUUAUGUUUUCUGUCGCUGAAUCUGUUCUUUCCAUUCAUUGUAAUCUGUUUGAUUUCUGUAUUUCAUUGAUUCUAAAAAAAAAAUUUAUGAGUUUCAUUAGGUUUUUAAUUAUAAUAUGCCAAAUUACUUAUUACAAGGAUUUGAUUUGCGUUUAGUAAGCCAAAUUGCUUAUUUCAAGGGAUUUGGUUUAGGUGUUUAGUAAGCAAAAUUACUUGUGACAGCGGAUUUAAUUUGUGUUUUGCAAGCAAAUUAAGUAAUUGAUUUUUGCUAAAUAAACCAAUUUACUUGAAGGAUAUAGUUUGUGUUUAAUAAACCGUAUUUAUUUCAAUGAAAUCGGUUUGUAUUUUGCAAACCAACUUAUUUAAUCAAACACAGACAGUGACAGAAAAUUUCUUUUAUUCAUUAAACAAUUUUGUCUUUCAACUAAACAUUUAUUCCUAUUUACUUUAACAUAUUUUUUAUUUAUAUGCUUAUUCAUCACGUUGAAAAUUUUUAAUAGCCUUUCAAAUGUGCUAUGUAUACUCUAAAAGCCUAUACAGUGGAAAUCGAAUUUGCAAAGCCAUUAUUUUAAAAUUUAGUUUUUCUAACUUGAUUUUAAAAUAAUGGCUUAAAAAUUGAACGAAAUCAAAUAUAAUAGAAAAGAUAAUGCAUAUUUAUUUUCGUUUGCAAAGAAUUUUUUUUUUUUAAUGUUUGUUAAUGAACAUUAUAUAUAGUUUUUUUAAUAUUCGUUAAUGAACAGAUUAUAGAAUAAUACUUUUUUCUAAUAAGUUAUUCUUCUUAAAAAACAGUUGAGAUUGUUUCUAAAAUUUUAAUCUGAGGUAUGUUAAUGUGUUAUUCAUUAAUGCAGUUAACUGUUGUAUAAGUCUAUAAUUAGUUUUCAAAAAAUAUAAUAAUAUUUUAAGGAACUUAAUCAUUUAACAUUCUAAUUCUUAAAAUUAAUAUUUUUAAAUUGUUACUUUAGUUAUUUUGCAUUAUUAUUGCGUGUCUUAAAAUUGAGCGUAAUUGUUGGAAUUGCUUAUCUACUUAAUUUGAAUACUCUGAACCAUGUUUUUCAUAAUUUUAAAUUGUAAAAUUGUUGAAAUUUUUUUUGAGGGAGAGAGAGAUAGAAAGAGAGAAAAUUAAUUCAAUAAAUUUUUAGUGAUUUCAAUUUGAUUUAUUAGUAAACUUUUAUUACCGUAUUUGUUUAAAAUUGGUCUUUUUUUGUGAUGUUUUAAUUGUAUUUAGUUUUUCAUUUUGUAUAUCUGUAUUUUUUAAUUAAACUGAGCAUUAAUAUCAAAGGAUUCGUAUUAAUCUUAGAUUUAUUUUUUAAAAACAAGAGUGUGUGACAUGGUUAUGCUUUUUUUUAAAAAAGAAAAAAUUUUGUAGUUUUAUCGAUCAAAUCUUUUUUUUCUUUUACACUUGAAUUAUUUGUAAUCACAUUUUGCACUUAGUCGUUGAUUUGUGUGAUAAAAUAUUGUACAAUUUCGCUCUUUUUUUCUUUUGCUUUGUAUAUAGAAACAUUGUUAAUUUUGUCAUAUUUUUAUACUUAUGCUUUGUAUAGAUAAUCUUUGCUUAAUUUUUAAUCUCGUGUGUACGUGUAUUUAGUCAUAUUAAAGAGUCGUGCAUAGGUUUGAUAAACAUUUGUUGUAUUCAAGGGUAAUGUUGUGUAAAGAAGCAUCUGAUAUUGCUUUUUGUCUGACACCAUUGUAAACUAGUCAUUGAAUCAGUUAUAGUAAUUAGCCAUCUAAAAUAAAACUGUUUAAAGUUGUCA